AUGUUUGCUGAAGAAGGUUGCACAAUGGUGUUUUGUUCAGUACGGUGUCGAGAAGCUGCCUGGUCGCGAUUUCACUUUGCUGGAUGUCAAGGUAGAAUGACAGAAGUACAAAAAAGUGCGUAUGAUAUAUUUAUUCACUAUAACUGGGAACACAAAGGUGUUAACUACAGCGACACCGUUUUCCUUGCUUUUCGAUUUCUUUGUAUGAUUAUAACUAAUAUUCGUUUACAUAAAAAACCACUAGAAAUUGCUCACAGGUCAGUUUCUCAACUAAUUAAAGCACCAUUGUCGAUGUUUCGUUUUUCAUACCUUUUAUCUGAUGACUCUACGGAUAGUAGGGACGAAGAGGUGCAAUUACGUAAGCGUUGGGAACUAUUUAAAAAACUACGUGCCCAACCUGUGUCAAGCGAAGUUGAUAACGUGACGGAAGAUUUCCUCUCAAUUGGAAUUGAACUGGUAGACAAGGUUCUACAAUUCACAGGGGAGGAACGACGAUAUUUCACGCCAUCAGUGUGGUCUGAAUUGCUUGGGGCAGUUCUACUAAAUGGGCAAGAGCGCAGUCCGCCAUCAAACUAUGAUUAUUUGAAAGAAAUUGUGCGGGGCAUGCCGGGAGGAUUAACCUCUAUGAAUGCCUUUGAGGAACAGGUACAGGAAGCUGGUGUUGAUCCACAGCAAUUACACUACAGUUCACGGGGACAGGGUAUAUACACUAUUGGGUGUCUUUUUAACCACUCAUGUGAUCCCAAUCUACAGGUUCUCUACAGUUCUGUUAAUGAUGAAACUUUAACAGUGGAAGCACUUCGAGACAUUGAACCUGGAGAAGAGUUGCUUAUCAGCUACAUUGACGAAUCAUUACCAUACCCUGAUCGUCAGCAACAGUUGUAUGAACAUUAUCUCUUUACCUGUCGUUGCUCCAAGUGUGAGUCUGAGUCACAUGACUGGGAGGAGGUUGCUACAAAAAUAGAAGACCCUUCUUCUAUCAGCUCCCCGUUUUAG